AUACCAUUGUACCUCUUAUAUUUGUACCGUGAUACGACUGAUGGCUGACAAAACUCUUUAUUUUUUUUGGAAUUGACAUCACUGUUCGGUCACAAUUAUUGUCCAUGAUUUCUACGGGGCUCAAUUGAUACAUUUGUGUUUUUCUGUUCGUUAAUAAUUGUGAGUAUGGAAGUGGAAAGUUUGGCACGCUGGUCGGAAACCAACGCCACGAAUUCAUCUUUCCUUAGAAUUCUUGGGUUGGAAAGUUAUCAUGAAUCAGCCCCAUUCAAGUAUCGCCCCGAUCUCAAUAAAAAAAUAAUUUUAUGGGAAGGAGAUAUUACCGCAUUAUCUGUAAAUGCUUUGGUACAUCCCACAAAUGAAUCAUUCACUGAAAGUUCUCAAUUAAGUCAAAAAGUGAUAGAAUGUGCUGGUAGUAAAUUAAAAGAAGAGCUAACCACCAAAAUAAAAUAUUGCAGGACAGGUGAAGCAAAAAUUACUCAGGGAUUCGACUUACCUGCCCGCUAUAUUAUACAUACAGUUGGCCCCAAGUAUAAUGCUCGGUACAAAACUGCUGCAGAAACCGCCCUUUAUUUUUGUUACAGGAAUGUAAUGGAACUUGUUCAUGAAUAUCAUCUUUCAAGUGUGGCUAUACCCAUCAUCUAUACUGUCAAAAGAGGAUACCCUCCAGAUGAAGGAGCUCAUCUGGCAUUAAGGACGAUCCGGAGAUUCUUGGAGCAAUAUGGUGACAGCAUCGAGAGCGUCAUUCUCGUUUUGGACGCCAAUAAUUAUGGCAUUUAUCAAGUCCUGUCGCCGCUGUAUUUUCCGCGCAGUGUCCAGGAAGCCGAAUUCUCUCGUUAUCAGUUGCCAUUCGAAAUUGGGGAUCCGGUAAAUGGUGAACCCAUUAUCAGUGACCGACGUAUCCGCAUCAUUGAUAAUCCUCAGCAUGCGUUCCAAGAUUCGUGGGAGGAGCCUCAAGAUCUCAGUGCCAAAUUUGGUUGCAGCGUGUCAGUUGGUGAACACUCUUUCGCACAGAUGGAGGACGAUGUCGAUCGGCAAAAGUUGUUGGGCCAACCCAGUCAUCAACGUGUUGGGCAACCCGUUACCGAUAUUGAUCAUCUGACUUUACAAGUCCAGCAUCAUGAAAGGUACGAACGAUUGCUGCGCCGAGCCAAAACCGAAGAUUUGUCAGAAGUUUCCGGAAUUGGAUGCCUCUACCAGAGCGGGACGGACAAGUUUGGUAGACCCGUAGUCGUCUUUAUCGGCAAAUGGUUUAAUUUUAAUGAAAUCAAUUUAGACAAGGCUCUUUUGUACUUGAUCUCAUUGCUUGAUCCUCUAGUCAAAGGCGAUUACAUAAUCCUAUACUUCCACACGCUUACUGAGGGGCAUAAUCAUCCAUCGAUGACGUGGAUGAGGGAAGUCUACAACGUCUUGGAAUACAGGCACAAGAAAAAUUUGAAAGGGUUUUACAUAAUUCAUCCCACUUUUUGGACGAAGGUCAUGACUUGGUGGUUCCUGACAUUUAUGGCCCCGGCCAUCAAGCAUAAAGUUCAUUCUGUACCCGGUGUCGAAUACUUGUACAACAUCAUCAAUAUGGAUCAACUGGAAAUCCCUGCCUUCAUCACUGAAUAUGACAUGACUGUCAACGGUGUCCGUUACGUCGAACAGCCGAGCAGCGACGAAUAAUGAAGCCAGUUAUAAUUGAGCCCUGAAAACGAUAUGUCCACUUCCACGAGAGCCAUCCCUCUUUCGACGUACGAAGUAACAAAAGAAAAACCAAACAAAAAAUGUCCUUUCCGAACACACACACGCCCGAUCCUCUUCCUUGUUCACAUUAGUGUCGUCACACAAUAAGAUUUGUUGCGCGUAGAAGAAGAAACUGGCCGUGAUCAAAAGCCAGUCCGAUGCAAUAGUUUCUCGUUGCUGAGAUCGUCCAUUUUUUAUUGUUGAUUCACAAUACUCUUGUUUCAUUUAGUAAUUAAGAAGAAGAUAGAAAAGCAAAAAAAAGGGGGUGGGGGGAAUCGAUAGGCCGGGUGGACAAUGUACUAGUCGGCCGUUCACGUGUCCACAAUUUUUUCGCUUGUUGGUCGUAUUUUUGUACUUUGCUGCGAAACAUUUUUCUUACAUGGCCGUGCCAUUCUUUAACAACAACAAAAUCUUUUGUGAUCAGGUAAACACAACAAAAAAACUUUAGGUGAAACCAAAGGAAGGAAUCGAACAGCGGCACUGUUUCUUUUUUUUUUUUAUUAUUAUUAUUAUGCAUAUAAUUAUACGAAGUGAGUGAAGAGCGUAGCUUGUGUCAAAUUAGUGCCUCGCGAUAGAUUGUUGUAGGGAUUUGUAUCCGUCUUCCCAUUUCUUUAGUCUUUUUGAGGAGUAAGACCGUCUUCUUCUUACGAUCGCUUUAACGUCCCACUCUCACUUUCCGCAAUUUCUUGGAUAUUAUCAAUUUCCUCUUUUUCAUUGCAUCUUUGGGCACUUUUCCAGCCGUUUAUCUUUUCCUCUCUUUCCUCUUUGUAUCUCCUUUGCUGGUUCGCACCAUUCACAAAGUCGUUGUCUCCCAUCCAGGUUUUUUGAAAGGGUUGCCAUUACCAACCAUUAGUUAUGCGACGACUACGAGAUGCUAUCCUAGAAUCUUACCGGCCGUUCGUGAUUGUACGACCUUGCCCUCCUCCUCUUAUUCUCCCUUUCUCUCUCCUCUCUCUUUUUUUUCCUCUCCUAAAUACUUACAUCUAGUUAUUAUUCAAUGAAUUUUCGUUCCACUAUAAACAAACUUUACAUCGGAUGCUGUGAACGUGAGUUUUCUUUUUCCAUUUUUGUUUGGUUUUUUCGCGAACGCAAGCCAAAAGAAAUAGUUGUUGAAGAAGAAUAUGCGACAUUUAUCAAAGCCAACACACACACAAAACAAGCGAAAGAAAAAGAAAUGUUUAAAACAAUAAUAGCCGCCCGAACUUUCGUGUAGUGCGUAGUUUAUUACAUUGUACGAGAUUCGAAUACAAAAUGAUAAAACGUUGAA